AAACCACUUGAUGUCGCAAUCUCGAUGCAAGUGGUUUCACUUUCACUUACAUACUUCACUUACAUAUUUCACUCGAUACACUUAGCUCUAAAGGUCGACGAAGGAUUUCCUGAGAACUAGUUGGCAAUGAGAGAGAUAAAGUGAGAGGUGCAGAUACACUAUUUCCCUUUCGUCUUACUUCGGCAGAGGAAACUGCUCAAGGUGUACACUUGAAAAAUCGAUAAAGCGGUGGGAAUCAAGAAUGGCGCUCGGAAAGAUUUGCUUCCUUUUGACGAUCGCUUGCAUCCUGACACUGAUUGCGGAAAAUACGGAAGCCAGAGUUUCUAGACCAGUUAAAGUCACAGUUUACUAUGAGUCGUUAUGUCCAGAUAGUGGUGCAUUUUUUGCCGAACAGUUACAACCUGUAUAUGAGGUUAUUCCUUCUUACAUGAAAGUGGAACUGGUUCCAUAUGGAAAUGCUCGAUACAAACUCCAAGGUGGCAAAUACGUAUUUAUGUGUCAACAUGGAGCAGAAGAAUGUUAUGGAAAUGUUGCUCAGACAUGUUACACAUAUUUUGUGAAUGAUACAGUAAGCAGGAUCAAGUUCAUUAACUGUGCUUUCCAUAGUCCAUCUCAACAUGCGUCCCUUGAUUUAUGCAUUCAAGAUCCAGCACUGAAAUAUAACGUCAAGAAAUGUGCAGAUGGUUCUUUGGGAAAUAAUCUAGAAUAUCAAAUGGCAAAGAAGACUGAAGCUUUGAAUCCACGUCAUAAGUUUAUUCCCUGGAUAACGGUGAACGAAGUAAGUCAAAAAUUGAGUACAUAG